AUGAAUGACAACAAACCCAACAAACCAAAGAACGCCGAUGGCACGAAGAACGCCGAGGGCACAUCCCCCUCCAAGCCUCACUCUGUCGUUUUUGACGAGGAUGGAAAUGCUAUCACCUCUGCCGACGCCACUAGCCGCCCCAUUGGGCACGAUCAUUCUUGGUCCCCGCCCUCCUGCUGUCGCCGUCACUACCCCUCUUCGCGCCGCCGAUGGCACGCGCAUCGCCUACAACACCCCGCCUCAUCAGCUGCCCGAUCAUACCCCCAAGGCCCCAGCUUCGGACGGUCAGACGUCCAGUCAGAGCGUUGGCGUGCCCAAGUCGACCCUCCGAAACUCCCCAUGCUGUCAUCCUCAUGUGCGUCCCAGCUUGGCGUCGUUCGACAUCUCCAUGACCUUCAGCGCUAUUUUGUUGAAUACAACUCUCGCUCUCCAGAUGGCACGCCGUCCGCUCCUCAGUGGCGGGUUGCUCGAGCGAAUAAGUCCAUCGCCAAGGUCGACGAGUACCAUUAUUGGUCUAUAGUCACUGGUGCCGCAUGCGUUUCGUGGGAAGCUUGGCGUGAUGAGUUCAAGAAGCAGGCUCUCUCGCCCAAUUGGGAGUCCGAGACUCGACGUGUGUUUGAAGGGCUUCAGUGCCAGGGAUCAACUUUGACAGCCUGGCAAACGUUCGAGAAGAAAGCUGGAGAGUGUCAGAUGCUUUUGUUCGGUCUCCCCUCCCACAUCCUUACUCGAGUUGAGGAUCGUCUUGACGAUCGAGGACUUAGUCGUUCGGCAAUCUCUCUUCCCCUCCUGCAUGACAUUAUUGAUCGCAUCUUCCGAACCACGGAACUCCCAGCCCCUCCCCCUGCCACCUAUACUCGGCAGUUUCGUCAGUCCUCCGCCACGACCUCUCGUCCCUCGGCGCCAUCAAAUGUCCCCAACCCUUCCCCUGUUCCGCCUGCCCAGCUCAAUGGCCGUUCUCUGACGGCGGAAGAAGUCCAAUGGAUCAACAAGAAGAAACUCUCAGACAAGUCUACCAAUGCUGGCGCUUGUGCCCGGGCUUUCCCUGACAGAAACGACCUCUGUUAUUGGUGCCGUAAGGCUGGUCAUAAAAGCCGCGAGUGCUCUGCUCGUGAAACGGCUGCCACUGUCGCCAAUCUCUCUAUUGACGAUCUCGACGAGGAUGGUGAUGUGUUUGCUGCCAUGGUUGAACACGAUAUAGACUGCACCGACGCUUCGUCAGUCCCCCUUAUCCUUGUCGACGUAGGUCUUUCGGCUGACUCUCCUAUCACCACAGGUCUCAUUGAUCCUGGUGCGGCAUCAAUACUGAUGGAUGUUUUUAUUGGUCCAACUCUUUACAAGAACUCGUCUUUCCUCAUCAUCCCCACUUCUCGUCACGUCGAUUUCAUUCUUGGGCUUCCCUUCUGUCUUCAACACCGUUUGCUGGAAGGUGCUGCGCGGCUUGCCAAACUCAUGGCUGAAGGUCGUUCUGUCCACGCUCAGUCCCAGUAUUCUCACAUCGGCUCCCUUACCGUGGACGAUCCCAGCUUGCAGCCUACAGUUGUUCCUUCUCCUCACCGUCAGCAGCGAGCAGAGGCAAUCCGAGCCGAUUUCGCCGAUGUCCUCCCUAAUGACAUAGGCAAUGUUGACAACUAUCCAGAGGUUUCUCCAACUAUCUCCAAAGUCCGUCAUCGUAUUGACAUCCUCCCUGGAGUCAAACCCGUUGCUCGUUCUGGGUUUCGCGUCCCACUUGCGUGGAAGGAGGCUUUCUUUCAAGAGAUUGAAAAACACCGUCGUGCUGGUCGUCUUCACCCUUCGAGUUCCCCUUGGGCUGCCCCUGCCUUUCUUCUCUGA